GUUCACCCAGAGGUAUUCCGUAAACAUCUGACAUGAACCCGCUCCCCCCUUUUCUGAAAAUGCCUACCACCUUCUAAAAAAAAAAACUUAUCCUCCACUUUCACUAUCUCGCAAACCCGCGCUCCUAUGGAAACAGACGCUGAUAAAUCACAUUACAAUCAUCCCCAAUCUGGUUCCCCUACCAGCAUGGAUUACUAUUGGGAUUCAUACGCCCAUUUCGGUAUCCAUGAGGUGAUGCUCAAAGAUUCCAUCAGAACUCUGAGUUAUCGUAUGGCAAUCGAUAAAAAUUCACACCUCUUCAACGAAAAGAUCGUCUUAGAUGUAGGAUGCGGUACCGGAAUUCUCAGCAUGUUCGCAGCCAAGGCCGGUGCCAAGAAAGUUAUAGGUGUAGAUGCCUCGAAGAUCAUCGAAUCCACCAGAGAAAUCAUCCAAGCUAAUGGACUCGAAGAUCGAAUCACGCUGAUUCAGGGAAAAAUAGAAGAAAUAUCACUCCCCGUAGAUCAAGUAGACAUCAUCAUCAGCGAAUGGAUGGGAUAUUUUCUAUUUUACGAAAGUAUGCUUAGUACCGUCAUAUUUGCAAGAGAUAAAUGGCUGGCGCCAAAUGGAGCACUCUUCCCAGAUAAAGCCAGCUUGUAUCUGGUUGGAAUCGAAGACAAAGAAUACAAAGAAGAAAAAAUUGAUUUUUGGGAUAAUGUGUAUGGAUUCGAUAUGAGUUGUAUCAAGAAGAAAGCUUACCAAGAUCCAAUCGUUGAUACGGUCCCUGAGGAAGCGAUAGUCACUACUGCUUCAAAACUUAUGACUGUCGACUUGAAAACCGUUCAAGCAAAAGAUUUAACUUGGUCUGCCAAUUUUGAGCUCAUAGCCACACAAAAAGAUAGCAUACAUGCAUUUGCUGCUUACUUUGAUGUAGAAUUCACAGACUGCCAGGAACAAAUCCGAUUCAGUACUGCGCCAGAUCAAGAACCAACUCAUUGGAACCAAACAAUCUUCUAUUUAAAAGACGUUCUUCCUGUCAACGUUGGAGAAGUCAUCAAAGGAAAAAUCAGUACGACUCCAAAUGCCAAAAACUUUAGAGAUUUGAACAUCUCUAUCGAAUAUCAGUAUGAAGGUUCUAUUUUCAUAGUCAAAAAUGUACAAUAUUAUAAAAUGCGUUAG